UAGCACGGAACCCUCCAUACCCCGUCCUCGACCCCCGAGCCCAAUUCCUUCGUCUCCCUCGCAUUUUUCAGUCGCCGUUCGAAUUUCGCAGCAAAUCUUCGAGCCAAAACCCCUCCCAAAUCAAAUCACUCCAAAAAGGUCGAUUACAAAAAUCAAACUUCUUUACUCAUUUAAAUAAAUACUAAAUAUUUAACCCAAAAAACGCCACUUUAUACACAUGUACAGAUAGAUACACUCCAAACAUAUUUCACUAUAUAUUCCCAAUUCCUCGUCUCCGACGAACAGAUCUCUCUCUCUCUCUCUCUCUCUCACACACACACACACAACAGCUUUCAGUUUUGAAUUUCUCUACGUCGUCGAUUGCUUUGUUUUUUCCUCGGACAAUUCGUAAUCGAACGACGAGAUUGAAUUCUCUGCGGUUCGGUUCGUCGAGGAACAGAUUCGUCCAGUGAUUGCUGAAUAUUAUCGGCUUAAACAGUUCCGUCAGGCGAUUAGGGUUUCGUUGAAAUUGCUUUGCAUUAGAUUAGGUAUCCAGAUUGGAGCGGCACAGGAUAAUUUUCGGCUAAAAUUCGGAAAAAAAGGUUUCAGCUUUGGUGGAGUCUUGGAUUGAAUCAAACUUUCGGGGGUGAAACUAGGGUUUUAUGUGUUCCGGUUCAGUCGACGAAAUUAGGGUUUUUUGAUGGUCAGUUUUCGUCGGCUGAGGAGAUGAUUUAUACUCGGCGGAACAAGGCCGCGGGGAAGGGCAUUGAUUUCUCGGGAGAAGUUGAGGAAGAGGAAGAGGAGGAGGAGGUGUGCUCCUUGAAGCCGAAGAGGCAGAAGACGAAUGAUGGGUAUUACAACGUACCCAUAAGGAGCUUCGAUCAGAUACGGGGUGGCGUUGGCAACUGCGACCUCGUGGAUUCUCGAGUAUCCUAUUUCGACGGUGAAAUUGGUUUGGAUACGAAGAUCCGUAGUGGUCGGGUUGUAGUGAAUCAGAACACAGAAGGUGAUCGUCCUCCACUGUUUAAAUCGGCGCGAGGACGUGUUCAGGUACUUCCUUCUCGUUUCAACGACACAGUUAUUCAUCCAUGGAAGAAGGAUUGUUCAAAUGAUUACAAAUCUAAUUGUGAGAAUGGCAAACCUGUAAUGCUCAAGAAAAGGACGAGUAAUGGUAUGGCGGACAAGUUCAGCUUCCAAAAGCAUGAUUUGAAUCUGUUUUCCGCAAAAGUGGAGGAAGGAGAAAUUGGCUGCAAUGGAAUCAAGGAUUUCGGCGGGAAAAUGUAUUCGAGUUCGCGUAGUACUGUGACGUCGGCUUGUGAUGGGAGCAGUUCACCUUUGUUAGAAACUGAUGAGUAUCCACCCAAGUUGCUUGGUAGUAGUUUUAGAGCUGAAGAGAAAUUGGUGAAAGAGAAAGCUGCAAUUAAGAAGGACUUUUACAAGCCAGAGGACUUUAUUCUGGGCGACAUAGUUUGGGCAAAAUCAGGGAAGAAUUACCCAGCUUGGCCAGCUAUUGUCAUUGAUCCCCUGUGGCAAGCUCCUCAUACUGUCCUCAAGGCUUGUGUUCCUGGCACUAUCUGUGUGAUGUAUUAUGGAUAUUCCAAGAAUGGAACACAAAGGGACUAUGCAUGGGUGAAGGAUGGAAUGAUUUUUCCCUUCUCAGAGUACAUGGACAGAUUCCGGGGACAGACAAAGUUGUAUGGUAGCAAGCCUAAAGAUUUUCAGUUUGCAAUAGAGGAGGCAUUUUUAGCAGAAAGUGGAUACAGUGAAACGGGCCAUGGAACUGAGCAGGAAGCUCCGGCAGCAGAUCACAUUGAAAUUCAGGAGGCAACUGGUUCGAACGAGGAUCAAGAGUGCUACUCUCAUAACCAGGGUUCAUAUGAUAGGAAGGGCACAGGACUAUGUGAUAGCUGUGGUUUGAUUAUGCCAUGCAAAACAACAAAGAAAAGGAGGGGUUUAACUUUUGAAGUUCAGAGUUUAUGCGAACACUGCGUUAAGUUAUGGAAAUCGAAACAGUAUUGUGGUGUAUGCAAGAAGAUUUGGCAUCAUUCAGACGGUGGGAAAUGGGUGUGUUGUGAUGGUUGUAAUGUUUGGGUGCACGCUGAGUGUGCCAAAAUUUCCAGCAAACUUUUCAAGGGUCUGGAUGGCUUUGAUUAUUACUGCCCUGAGUGCAAAAGCAACUCUAGCUAUGAACUCUCAGUUGCAGAAAAAGGGCAAUCAAAAGUCAGGUCUACAGUAAACAGUGGACAAACCAUGAUACCUGACAAGAUCACUGUAGUCUGUACUGGCAUGGAAGGGUUCUAUUUUCCAAGUCUGCAUUUAGUUGAGUGUACGUGUGGUUCAUGUGGAACAAAGAAACGAACGCCUAGUGAAUGGGAAAAACAUACAGGUUCAAGAGCGAAAAAAUGGAAGGUUAGCAUCAAAGUGAAGGGUUCGAUGCUUACACUGGAGAAAUGGAUUGAAGAGUAUAAUGCUCAUGGCUUCAAUCCACUGAAGUUGAAUAAACAGCAGCUACUUUCUUUUCUCAAAGAAAAAUAUGAACCUGUCUAUGCAAAGUGGACUACAGAGCGAUGUGCUGUAUGCAGAUGGGUUGAGGAUUGGGAGUAUAACAAGAUUAUAAUUUGCAACAGGUGUCAAAUGGCUGUCCAUCAAGAGUGCUAUGGAGCAAACAAUGUUCUGGAUUUUACAUCAUGGGUUUGCAGAGCAUGUGAAACUCCUGAUGUUGACAGGGAGUGUUGCCUCUGCCCUGUAAAAGGGGGUGCUUUGAAGCCGACUGAUGUUGACACCCUGUGGGUUCAUGUCACAUGUGCUUGGUUCCGGCCUGAAAUUGCUUUUUUAAAUGGUGUGACUAUGGAGCCUGCAGUUGGACUUCUUAAAAUUCCAUCACAUACAUUUGUUAAGACAUGCGUAAUUUGCAAACAGAGUCAUGGUUCCUGCACCGAGUGUUACAAAUGCGCCACUUCUUUUCAUACAAUGUGUGCAUCUAGAGCAGGAUAUCAGAUGGAAUUGCAUUGCUCGGAGAAGAAUGGGACGCAGAUUACCAAAUGGAUAUCAUACUGUUCUGUUCACCGGGCCCCAAACCCAGAUAAUGUCUUAGUUAUACAGACUCCAUCAGGGAUAUUCUCUACAAGAAGUUUGCUUCAAAGCCAGAAGCAAGAACAUUUCUUCAGGGGCUCAAGGCUAGUUCCAUGUAAGACAGCAGAAAUUCAUGAAGUCUCAAAAGCGGAGACUAAUGAUGUAGAACCAUUCUCUGCUGCAAGGUGUCGUAUCUUUAGAAGAUCAAAUAAGAAUAAUGAAGCACAGCCAAUAUUCCACCGAGUGAGGGGGCCAAGUCAUCAUUCUCUCCAUGUGAUAGAUUCUCUAGUUGAAAGUGCAGAUCCAAAGGCUUUUGCUUCAUCCUGGGACAGGCUUAACCACUUACAGAAGACAGAAAGAUACCGUGUUUGUUUCGGUAGAUCUGGAAUACAUGGAUGGGGCCUAUUUGCACGUCGGAGCAUGCAAGAAGGAGACAUGGUUCUCGAGUAUCGUGGUGAGCAGGUGAGGCGUAGUAUUGCAGAUUUAAGGGAGGCACGCUACCGGUCAGAGGGCAAAGAUUGUUAUCUUUUCAAGAUCAGCGAUGAAGUAGUAAUUGAUGCCACAAAUAAGGGGAAUAUAGCACGCUUGAUCAACCAUUCUUGCAUGCCCAACUGCUAUGCAAGGAUUAUAAGCAUGGAUGACGAAGUGAGUCGGAUAGUUCUGAUUGCGAAGUCUGAUGUGGCUGCCGGUGAUGAACUAACGUACGAUUACUUGUUUGAUACUGACGAGCGUGAAGAAUCUAAAGUCCCUUGUCUUUGUAGAGCUCCUAACUGUCGGAAAUUCAUGAAUUAGAUUUACAUACAUGAUACUCUUUAUAGACGAGAAUGGACAGCAAUUUUUUCCCCCGGAAGAAACAAUUGACCCAUGUCACAACGAUGAGAUUUCAUAUGGUUAUCAUUGUAACUUUGUAAUUCUUUUACACCCAUAGAAGUUUUAUUUCAAUUGUUUUUCAGGAGCAAAUAACUUGUAAAUUUACCAGCUGUGCGCUGGUAUUUUUGUAGAUUACUGUAUUUUUCACCCAUGUAAUGAAAUAGUAUAAUUCUUUGUUGGCCCCUUGGAGGCUGUGUGUUAAUCUUUCGUCUUGUCUCC